GUAGAAACAACGCAAAGAUUGAUCUGCCAGACUACCAGACUACCAGACUGUCCAUCAUCAAUUUUGUGUUUCUUGAACAUACAUGUAUUUACACGUUUAUUUAUUAUGCACCUAAAGCAUAAAUCGUGUUUCCUCCCUUCCAUUGGUCCAUGUGCUUUCUUCACGAAAUUUCAGAUAAUUGUGACCCCGAACUCCGAUUUUCUACAUCAUUCUCCUCAAUUACUAGAUUUUCUCUUGUCAAUUCUCACAAGUUCUUAGUAUUCCCAGAAAACGGAAAAAACCCCAGUUCAUUCUACUUUUAAAUUCCUUUUUUAACCCAAUCUUAUCGAACUUCAGAUCUGCUUCAAGGAAGCUUAGUUCAAUGGCUGCAAUCUAAAUUAGUAAUUUGGCAUCUCAUUUUUGACCGAUUCGGCUCUGAUAUGGCAGUUUCAAAGCAGACUGUUAUGGCUAUCAAGUCUUACCAAAAUCAGGCUGAAAAUUUGGUGAAGAAUCAUUUGCUGUCUGAUCCUAUUAUACCUUACACUUCAAUUAUUGCAGGCAUUUUAGCCUGUAAAGUGAUCUACAAUCUUACACAGUUGUUUAGUGCCCUGUACUUCAAGAGUUAUACUGGUCUUAACAAAGUACAAAGGAUCGAAUGGAGCAAUCGUGGUAUCUCGACAGUUCAUGCCCUUUUCAUUGCUGCUAUGUCAUUAUAUUUUGUAUUCUGGUCAGACCUAUAUGCUGACUUUCAGACCAAUGGCUUUGUUACAUUCCGUAGCUCAACACUCUCAACUUUUACAUUAGGAGUAUCUGUGGGGUACUUUAUUGCAGACCUUUCAAUGAUCAUGUGGCUUUAUCCUUCUUUGGGUGGAAUAGAGUAUGUUAUACAUCAUUCUCUCUCAGGGAUCGCUGUUGCUUAUGCUAUGUUUUCUGGUGAAGGGCAACUUUAUACCUUCAUGGUCCUUAUUUCUGAAGUGACGACACCUGAAAUCAAUAUGCGAUGGUUUCUUGACACAGCUGGAUUGAAGAGAUCUCAUGCAUAUCUGAUUAAUGGAAUUGUGAUUUUUUUCGCAUGGUUGGUUGCAAGAAUUCUGCUGUUUGUUUACAUGUUCUAUCAUGUUUACUUGCACUAUGAACAGGUUAUGCAAAUGCAUAUAUUUGGCUUCUUUUUGGUGUUUGUUGUACCAUCUGUGCUUGCUGCAAUGAACUUAAUGUGGUUCGGGAAGAUACUCAGAGGAUUGAAGAAGACCUUAGCUAAGAGGCAAUGACAGAAUCUGUAUCAUUGCAAUUGCAUGGCAUUUUUCGUGGGAUCUUUUUUUGUUCGGUGUAAAAAUGGUGGGUCAGAACUGUGGAGAAGGUAAAGGGAACUUUAAGUGACUUGACUUACGAUAGGAUUUGUUGUAAAUAGUUGAACCUUCACACUUAGGGUACUUUGUAUUUGCGGCGAACAAUGAAAUUAUUGUUCAAAUUACACCCGAGUUUCUAUUUUUAUCAAUCUAUUAUUCCUUUAUAAUUUUCAA